AUGUGGCGGCAGACGUUGACGCGCCGCAUGCAGUACGGCUCCACGCCAAAAGAAAUCCGCUACUCCAUGGAGGCCCGCAAGGCGCUGCUGCUCGGCGUCGAAAACCUCGUGAAGGCGGUGGGCGUGACACUUGGGCCGAAGGGGCGGAACGUCGUGCUCGAGAUGCCGUACGCAAGCCCGAAGAUCACAAAGGACGGCGUGACGGUCGCGAAGCACAUUGAGUUUGAGAAUAGUUUCGAGAAUUUGGGCGCCAACCUUGUCCGACAGGUGGCCGGCCUAACGAACGACAACGCGGGCGACGGCACGACCACAGCCACCAUUCUCUCCGGCGCCAUAUUCCGCGAGGGCUACCGCAGCGUUGCGACCGGCACCAACCCGAUGGACCUCAAGCGGGGCAUUGACCUUGCCUGCCGCGAGGUGCUCGCCUCCCUCGCGGAGCAGGCGAAGCCGGUGACCUCCAAGUCAGAGGUUACACAGGUGGCGAUGAUAUCCGCUAACAUGGAUAACGAAAUCGGCGCCCUGAUUGGCGACGCCAUGCAGCAGGUUGGUAAGGAUGGCGUUAUCACCACACAGGAGGGUCGCUCACUCCACACGGAGCUCGAGCUUGUCGAGGGCAUGUCCUUUGAGCGAGGUUAUACCUCACCCUACUUUGUGACAAAUACCAAAUCACAGAAGUGUGAGUUAGAUAAUGCAUUGGUAUUUGUGGCAAAUCGCAAACUCUCCAGUGUGGCACAUAUCCUUCCAGCGUUGAACUACGCCAUUCAGCAAAAACGGCCGCUGUUGGUUAUUUCGGAGGAUCUAGAUGGGGAGGCAAUGCACACACUUCUGUACAACAAGAUGCAAGGCCGAAUUUCUGGAUGUGCGGUGAAGGCGCCUGGCUUCGGUGACAUGCGUAUCAAUCAACUGCAGGAUAUUGCUGUCUUUACCGGGGCGCAGAUGGUGUCAGAAGACUUGGGGCUCAGCCUUGACCACAACGAUUUCUCAGAUCGCCUGCUUGGGUCGUGCAAGAAGGCGACGAUCUCUCGCGAUGAGUGUAUUCUCAUGGAGGGUGGCGGUAGCGCCAUUGCCGUGGAGGAGCGAGUGCAAAUGAUUCGGGACAUGAUUGCUGCCGAGGAUCAUGAGUACAACCGCGAGCGACUCGUUGAGCGGCUGGCGAAGCUCUCGGGCGGUGUUGCCGUUGUCAAGGUCGGGGGCGCCUCCGAGGUGGAAAUCAAUGAGAAAAAAGAUCGCAUUGUCGACGCCCUGAACGCCACACGCGCUGCCGUGGCGGAGGGCGUCUUGGCCGGCGGUGGCACGGCGCUUCUUAUCGCCUCUGUGCGGCUGGACGCAAUCUCCAAGGACCGUCGCCUUCCGGGGGAUAUCCGCACCGGCGUCAACAUUGUGAAGAAGGCGAUACGGUUGCCGUGUCGUUGCAUCGCGGACAACGCCGGGGUGGAGGGCAGCGUGGUUGUGGGCAAGAUCAUGAAGUUGAACGACCCUUCCUUUGGCUACAAUGCCCAGACGGGCGAGUACGUUGACAUGUUUGCCGCCGGUAUUAUUGACCCGAUGAAAGUGGUCAAGUCGGCGGUGGUGAACGCGUGCUCCGUGGCAGGGAUGAUGAUUACAACGGAGGCCGCGGUUGUGGAAAAGGACAUGUUUGCGAAGGAGAAGCGGGUGGAGGACAGAGGCAUUGAGGACAAGGAGAAGAUGGAGGGACUAAGCACCAUGCGCAAGCGCGUCAAUGAGUCACAGGCGCCGCUGCCGGCGCUUUCGCCGCCGAUGAAGUUCCCGAUGAAGGGGAUUUGA